AUUUCCGACAGUACCUGAAGGUAACAUUAGUAGCUACCAUUUACCUUUAGCCACUCAGUUGUAGCUAGCUUUCUCAAACAUGUUUGCCAUAUUUGCGGUCAUAAAGGCAGCUGUCAAUUAGUCGAGUACAGACGAAUGACUAAAACCAAACCAGCAAUGUAUUUAACUUCUCGAGUUUUAAGCAGGUAAUACAUUAGAGGUGGCUAGCUAGCUAAAGUUCGCCAGGUAGCUAACAGCUAAUAACAGCACUGGUUGUCUGCGGAGUAACCAUCUUCUGAACUUAGUUUGUCGUUUAACGUUACUCACUAUUAAAAACAAAAGAGAAAAAACAACCAGCACAUUAAGGUAGCUUGUUAAUUUCUAUCUGACGAUGGACAAGUUUGUAGUCCGGCUCCCAAAGGGGGAAACACCAACAAAAUCGAAAAGCAACGAAAAGGUUUACAAACAAGCUACAAUUGAAUCUUUACGGAGGGUGGUUGUGAUUGAGGACAUCAUGCGCUACAAGUCCAUGUUGGAGCUACCAGAACAGAGCAAAGACAACCUGCUGAGUGCCCUGACAGACCUGAGCAAGAAGAUCCCAUCCAGGGAGGUGCUGAAGUCAACUAAAAUAGGUCACACUGUCAACAAAAUGCGAAAGCAUCUGGACCCUGAGGUGAGUUCAAUGGCAGCAAAGGUUUACACCGACUGGAGGACAUUCAUCGAGGAGAAUUCCAAUAAGCCGUCUAUUGAAGUGCGCUCUGACAAACAAUCUGAAGGACUCCGGAGCAACGCUAGAAGACUAAUGUCUGAAGCCCUGGAGGUCAAGGAGGAUUCUGGUCUCAUAGACAACAUUGAGAGAGAGGUGUUUCACCAGAGCUGCCGGUUAGUCAGCAGCUCAUACAGACGGACUAUCAGAGCGCUGGUGUUUGCCUUCAAACACAACCCUGAGAUCAGAGCUCAAGUGAAGGAAAACGCAGUGUCAGUUGACCAGCUGGUUUCUAAAUACAAGAAAUAACUGAUAACCAAGCAAAACCUUUGACUACAUAUUGAAGACAUAUGGAUGUUUUACUUGAAAAUUUUUUUGAUGCAUACACAUUUUAUUGUUUUUUUUUUUAAUCAUUUUUAAAAGAUAUUUUUUCAUUUUCUGUAAAAUGUAUAAAAUACUUUUACACCCUGUGGCACAUCAGCAACCUUACACUGUUUUAUGCAUUUAAAUCACUGUCGAGAAUAUGUAAUUUAUUGUUGUGAUGAUGAUGAUGAUGAUGCCAUUCCUUUUUUAUACUCCUGGUCAACACUUUUAUACAAAAUAUGAUUGAAAAUGA